CUGUACUCCGCGCAUGCCUAGCUCCUAUAGGAUGACUGACCAGGACGAGGUGCGCAAAUGGCUCUCAGCGGUCAAGCUAGAGCGCUACUACGACCAGUUCAUCGCCAAUGGAUACGACGACAUCGAAACUGUCGAAAAUCUUACGGAAGAAGAUUUGGAUGCAAUCGGCGUGACUCUGGCUGGUCACCGGAAGCGGCUCCUGAUGGAAGCUAAAAAGUCGGUUGGAGCGAACUUGCACUCUUCUGCGGCGAGUGCUCACCAAAUUCAAUCGGCAGAGCAAGGUUCGCAAAUAGCACCACCCACGCACUUCAACUCCAACACUCCUGUGUCGGCCAACAUCGACAGUCUCAAUUCUGUGCUGGGAGAACUUCACGCUUUCUCUGCUGGUUCUACUCCUUUUACAGCUUCUGCACAGGUGGACUCAAUUCCUGUCACUACCCCAAGUGCCACAAAUGCCAAUGAUGAAGGAGAUGUUGACCUUGAUGCUCUUUUGGAUGACUUAAAUAAAUUUGAUCCACUUGAGCAGUCACAGCAGAAAGAGCCACCGGUUCCUGCAUCUCCACCACAGGUAGAACAGCCAUCAACAACCGAACAGCCAUCAACAACCGAACAGCCAUCAACAACCGAACAAGAAAAGCCAGAACUCCAGACCGUAUACCAGGAAGUCCGUGGCUCUGUAGCUGCACAAGCCGACAAUCCUCCCAAACUACCAGCACGUAGUCCAUUAAAGGAAACUCGUAGUAUUGCUAAUCAUGUGGACGUCUCUCCCGUCAGCAAUGGUCGUGUAAAUCAAAGUAAUAGUUCAGUGGCAUUUCCUCAUUCCCAGAUUGUUCCAAAAGCAAGAGAAGUACAGCUCUCAGGGAAUCCUGCAGUAGUACACAACUCAAGGGAGAACCAGGCGGUCACAGUGGAAAUCAAGGAAAGAAUGGAACGAGUGAAACGAGAACUUGAACUUACCAAUCUUUCGGAGAAAGAAAAGGAGACGAAGCUUCGUGAGGAAAAGAUGAAAAUAGCGAUGGAAAAGAUCAAGGAGGCGAGCGUUCAGCAGGCAUACAUUGGUGUGUAUAAUAUGACUGGUUCGUGUCAGACAGUGACCGUCAUUGAAGGAAUGACCGCGAUGACUGUGUGUUACGUGUUGAUGGAGAGAAACAGUUCAGAUAUGACGAAACAUUGGGUUCUUGUCGAACAGCUUCCGGACGUCGGAAUAGAGAGAACGCUUGAAGAUCAUGAAGUUGUGCUGGAUAUCUACCAGCUGUGGUCUCGGGAUUCAGAAAACAGAUUUGUAUUUCGAGAGGAUCCUCUCAAAUAUGACUUGUUUGAACAUCCAAUUCGGUACUUUCCUGCUCACUUGGCUAUGAGCGCUGGUGACACGAGGUCGGGGUCCGCAAAAGCAGAACGAGCGAAAGCCAUUUUGUUGAAAGAAUUUUUCACAAGUUCGGGACGUGUUCCAGAGCUAGAGGGUAGUCUUUUCUUUAAAGAACAAGGAGACAAGAAGACGUGGAAAAAAGCGUACUUCAUGCUUCGUUCAUCAGGCAUAUACUACUCAACGAAAGGAAAAUCAAGAGAGUCACGCAAUCUGGUCUGCUUUGUGAAUUUCGAAGGCCAUAAUUUGUACAUGGGAAUUGAUUUUAAAAAACAGUUUAAAGCACCGAAUAACUACUGCUUUGCUUUGAAGCCUGCUGUGAAGGCAUCAGCCUCGAUAAUGAAAGAACUUCGUUGUCUAUGUGGCGAUGACCAGGAUACCAUGCUGUCGUGGACUGCCGGAAUUCGACUCGCAAAGUUCGGUCUACAACUAAGAGAUAACUAUCAAGCGAUACAGAGGAAGCAUAGCAAGUUAAAGGAAUUGCAACUACAACAGCAACAACUGACAGAAUCGAAAAGUCAAUCGCUUGAGCGUCGAUCUACUGUGACUACCAGUACUCCGACCACACCACAGGUCCAAUCUGCGACUCGGUCUUUUACGACAACCGACCGGCCUCCCUAUGGGUCAGGUUCUUGGCCGGGAUCGAGUAAUAGUCCGACGCCACCGAUAGCUUCACCCAUUAUGGCAUCUUCAGGCGUAAGCUCCGAGGGAGCUCUUCCAUCGCUCCAUAACACAGAGCAUCCCAACCUACCAUCUCGAGGCAAGUCUCCCAAACCUCGAUUCAAGAAAGUUGAUGGACCACACGUGUCCGAACCGUGGUUCUUUGGUGCACUCGGUAGAGACGAGUCCGUGGAGAUUCUACUAAAGAAUGGAAACUUGAACGGACUGUUCCUCGUUCGUGAAAGUACAAAUUGUCCCGGUGCAUUUGUUCUUACCAUGACGUUUGACGGACGAGCUCGUCACUUCCAAAUACAACAGCGAUCAGUGGAUCCUAUGUCAUACUCGAUUGACGAUGGGCCGAUAUUUCAAGACAUUGUACAGGUCAUACAGCAUUACUCGGAUGAUCCUGAUCGUCUCCCAUGCAAGCUUCUACGGGGAUGCUCGAGACCCAUGUAUCGUAAAAUAGGCGAAUAAAUUAAGAAUGACCCCUGAGUUUAAUUUUAGUGAGUAGCAGUGAUGAAUUGUUUGCACAUUGAGACAUCAGUUUAUAGGAAAAUGUGAAGAGGUAUUGAUUGGAUUUCAUUUUAACUGA